AUGCGCUCCGGUAUCGCUCUCCUAUUGGCUCUGGGUCUUGCUGGCGUUGCGCUUUGCGGCGCCACCCGGCCCGCCCCAGACGGCCUCUCCCUGCGCCGCCGCUCCCUGCUCCAAGUCUCCGUCGGCGGCGGCUUCAGCAUCGGCGGCGGCGGCGGCGUCAGGCGCGGCUUUGGUGGGCGCGGCGCCUCCUGCGUAUACCCGCAGUGCAUAACCCCAAGCCGCGCCCAGACCGCGCAGAUUCUUGCGGGCCUCAACUCGCAGUCCGUCGUCCAGCUGGCCGCCGGCUCGGACAACCCGGCCGCCGCGUUCGGGGCGACCCAGUCCUCUCAGCGCUCCGCCGUCGCAGCCGCGAACGGCGACAUCGCUUACCUCAGCAACCAGCACAUCUUCGACAACACACCUGGGUACUUCUAUGGGGGCAAGAGGCGCUGA